CAAACCUAAUCCACAGCAGCACACAAGCUCACCAAGCAUUCCUCUCAUCUCCCAUUCUCACCCCCGUCAUUUCCUCCCUAUCACCUUCUAGCUAGAAUGGCCUGCAAUGACCACGUAGCUGCAUCUCAUGGCUCGCUUCAUUGCAUAGCAGAGUCUCAUGUGAUCCCAAGUUCGAGCACUUGGCGCAGAAGGCUUGGGUUUGAGAAGAUGAACAGGAAGCCCGGAGAUUGGAACUGCAGGUCCUGCCAGCACCUCAACUUCAGCCGCCGCGAUUCAUGCCAGCGGUGCGGCGAGCCGAGGUCGAGCAGCGACCGCUCGGACUAUGCGAGCUUCGGCGGCGGCCGCGGGGGCUCCUCCUUCGGCUUCAGCAGUGGAUCUGACGUCCGGCCCGGCGACUGGUACUGCUCAUGCGGCGCCCACAACUUUGCCAGCCGUUCCAGCUGCUUCAGGUGCGGUGCCUUCAAGGACGACUCCGCCGUCAGCGGUGGUUUCGAGGGCGAUGUGCCGCGCUCCCGGGGGUUCGGCUUUGGUGGUGGCGGUGGCGGUGGCGGUGGUCGUGCCGGCUGGAAGUCUGGGGACUGGAUUUGCACCAGGUCGGGCUGCAACGAGCACAACUUUGCGAGCAGGAUGGAGUGCUUUCGGUGCAAUGCACCUCGGGAGUCCGGGACCGAAGUCUAAUUAAGAAGUGGACCAAGUGACAUAAGAUGAACGUGAGAGAUGAGAUCAUAUGAUAUAGUAGUAAUGUCAACUUUUAGUUACUGGUUUUGCUCCUACCGGACUCUUUUUCUUUUUUUCUUUUGGUUUUAAAGCCCACCCGUCCUCGAUGUGGGAGUGUCCUGUCUCGGUUUUUUGUUUGCACUUUGGAGUUGUAUCCGCCAUCUUCUUUCGCUUUAGAAGUAUAACUAUCUAGUUGUGUUGUUGCCUCUUCUAUUAAACUAUCUGGAAAAUUAUCUUGUGUAAUGUCUUAAGAAUGGGCUUCUAAUUACCCUAUCUUAGGAUGGGUAAUGAUCUUAGUUAAUUAAGCUCUUUGAAUAGCUAAUGGCAAA